GUGUCAGAGAGAGAGAGAGAGAGAGAGAGAGAGACAUGCACCUGUGGCCGAACACCUGACUCCUUUUGCAGAGUCAACACUGGCUGAACAGAGUAGUGAGAGAAAAGAAGAAAGGGAAAUGAAGAACGAAGAGUAGAUCAAAGGAAAAGAAGAGAGGUGAAGUAAGAAAAGAGGUAACACAGGCAGAAGUCUUGAGUGUUUUGGAGUGUUGAGCAGCGGCAUGACAAAGAUCAGGCAACAGACCAUUGGUGAUACAGUGGUCUAAAUUUUUUCUGGACGGUGACAGACAUACCCCUGUCUCUCUUCAGCACAGGACAGACCCUGUCAGGUUCAGCAUUAACCAGCAGGUCCAGCCCCCUUGUGACUUUCAGUCCAGCAAUGGCUGACCCCUCCCCUGGUUGGUGGAAGCUGACCUUCCUGCGCAAGAAGAAAUCUGAGUCUAAGGUGCUCUACGAGAUUCCACCGGAGCUGGGAAGCAACACUGGAAACAACACUGGAAACAAGGACUCCAGUGCCCCCCCAAAUGGCAACCCUGAGGACAGCCAGUUCAACGCACGGCUAGAGAAGAUUGUGGAUAAAACGGCAACCAAGGGCCGCCAUGUGAAAGUUUCACAUUCGGGCCGCUUUAAGGAGAAAAAGAAGAUCCGUGCCACCCUGGCUGAAAACCCCAACCUCUUCCCAGAGCAUACUCUGAGCAAUGAGAACCACAGGGCUGAAAAAUAGUGCACACACACACACACACAUAGGCAGUCAUCCUCUCUUUCACCUCUCCCCGUCACUUUCUCUCCAGGACAGACCCACCCAUACACACAGACAAAUAUAAAAACUGAAGAACAUGCUAAAUAUAAAUACACAUAUCAGUAUGUACACACCUAUUUCUAUUGAUAUGUCUGUUCAUUAAUUUAUAUACCUACAUACAUGUGUAUAUAUUGCAUAUAUGUAUGUACACACAGACAUACAUGAACACAUAUGAACGCACAUUCAUGGAAGAGUAAAGAAGACAAAUAACUCCUUACCAAACCAGGUAAUGUUAUGCAAAUGGGGAAAUCCCAUUUAACUACACCUGCCCACAUGUUCACAUGCACACUACACCUGAUAAAUCAUGGAUAUUAAGUUGUCCUCUGUCAACUGUGUGACAACACCCCGGGCUCUAAACAUUGCUCCAGCGCCAAACUCUUGUGCAAGCAUGGGCUGGAGAUAUUUACAUGUGAUGUACUGCACAUUUGCACAGAAGAGCAAGAGACUUCCAGUGUGGCAUGUGCUCAGUGGUGGUCUUUCUGUCUCUCCUCCACUGGAACUCUGAAUUCUGAAUGGACAUCUGACCCUCCAUUUCACAAACGAGUCCAUGAAACAGGAACAGGGCAAAUGCGCAGGUUAAUAAUUGAUACCGUUAGUCAUUGGAUGCAUGCGAGAGAGAAUUUGAAACCUAAUUUGUUUUUUCCAUGAUGCGGAUUAAAACAAACUUUAAAAUGACAAUCAUUUUCUUUAUAGUAUCAAUGGUGUUUUUCGUUUAUUUUUUAUUACUAUUAUUUUUUUUGCUUUCGUAGAAAGUGAGAUAAUUAUAUGACGAUUUCAAGCUGCAACAUGAUUCCGUUUAUGCUCUGUCCACCUGUUGCCAUGACUACUGACUAGAUAUGUGGCAAGUGCCCUAAGUGCACAGUGAGUGAAACUGUAUAUUGAAUGAUGCAAAAACAGGGAACCAAACAACAGUAAAACAAAACAGCAGUAACAAGAGCUGAGAUCAACAAACACACAUGAAGGUAAUGCCAUUGUUCUCUGAGCAUCAAUAUACACAUGAAUUAAAAAAAAAAAAAACAUCUACUGUAUUACCUUCUGUUUCACAUCAAACCAUCUUCCUAUGUAGAGUUGUGCAGAGCAGACAGUGUAUGCAACAAUUUAUGUAUCUUCAGAUUUAUACUUCUGUACUAGAUUAAGAAUUAGAAAGAAGUGGAUUACUGCUGGUACUGACGGGGUUCAUUAUUAAUCUGAAGUUUUUUAAUUGAUCAAUUUUAUACCACAUGAGAAAUGGCAUUUGGAUUGCAGGCAAAUUUCAACAUAAACUCCAACAUGUCUAUGCACCCUCUUAAUCUUGCACUACAGCCAAGGAGAUCAGGUAUAAUUAAAGCUAGAUUAACUGUAGAUUAAUUUUGCAUGUAUCUUGCAGGCUCUGAAGAUUUAUGGAUUCCAUUUAUGUAAAGAUGCAGUUAUGUAUUUAAAACACAUUAAAUGUCUCACUGUAAAUACUCAGAUAUUCUUUAGGUGAUGUGUAUUUUUGGUUAUUUCUGUUUGGGAUUGUAUGUUUUUGUUUUUUAGGUAUGGUAUGCCCUUUGCAAUGUCUUUAUUGUCUAGCAAGGUAAUUGUUCAGAGAUUGGCUUUGCUUAAAAUAUAAAAUACAAAUUCAACCAAUUUAGUUGAUUCAACUUUGUAGGCAAUGCUAGCUCAAUAACUAAUGUUCUUGUCAGCAAGUCAAAAUACUCUGCUCUCAGUGGUAUUUGUUGAUGUUGUUACCCAUUGCAAUUUUUUAAAAUUGUAUAUUCAGAAUGAUUUUGUAAAACAAAAACAAACAAAAAAACUAUUUUAUGUGUUUUAUAAAUAAAUACAGGAUUUUAUUGAAA